AUCGGAAUUAUUGGUGGAACUGGCCUGGAUGAUCCAGAUAUCUUAGAAGGAAGAACAGAAAAAUAUGUUGACACUCCUUAUGGCAAGCCAUCAGAUGCUUUGAUAUUGGGAAAAAUUAAAAAUGUGGAUUGUGUGCUGUUGGCAAGACAUGGAAGACAUCAUACAAUUAUGCCAUCAAAUGUCAAUUACCGUGCCAAUAUCUGGGCGUUAAAAGAAGAAAAUUGUUCACAUGUAUUAGUGACUACUGCCUGUGGCUCAUUACGAGAGGAGAUACAACCUGGUGAUCUUGUCAUAAUUGAUCAGUUCAUUGACAGGACAACGAAAAGACACUGUACUUUAUACGAUGGGCAGCAUUCCUGUCUUGCAGGAGUAUGUCACAUUCCAAUGGCAGAGCCCUUCUGCACCAAAACCAGAGAGGUUCUUCUUGAGACUGCCAAGAAGAUUGGGCUUCAGUGUCAUUCCAAAGGGACAAUGAUCACAAUUGAAGGCCCACGUUUCAGUUCUCGAGCAGAAAGCUUGAUGUUUCGCAGCUGGGGAGCUGACGUUAUCAACAUGACCACAGUCCCUGAAGUGAUUCUUGCGAAAGAAGCUGGAAUGAGUUAUGCUAGUAUUGCAAUGGCAACAGAUUAUGACUGCUGGAAGGAACAUGAAGAAGCAGUUUCAGUGGAUAAAGUUUUGAAGACACUGAAAGGGAAUGCAAAUAAGGCUACUAGCAUACUCCUUACUGCUAUACCUCAGAUAGGCUCCAUGGAUUGGACUGACACCCAGUGCACCCUGAAAACAACAGUGCAGUGUUCAGUCAUCCUUCCAAAGCAGUAACGAUGUGGAUGGACCUUGAUGUUUG